CGCUCUCAUUAACAGAGUGCCAUUCUAUGAUUGUUCUCCACAGCAAUUGGUGCUCAUUUUGCAUCUCGGGACUUUUCGACCUGGAUUAUGGUCUUCGUGUGUUCCUUUAUUCCAAAGAAUUCUUCAAACUUGUCUUCUUUGUUGAGGAAUCAAAAAGAAAACCAGAUUUUACGCUAUUCUACGUCACUUGCCUUUUGUCCUGUUGCUAGAAAGAGGUUUCGGCAGAUAUGUCUUUGUUGCUCCGACUCAGGUACAGAGGGGCCAGUAUCUCCUGCAGUUUACGCCAAGUUUGCCUCCCAAAGAGCGAUUUUAUCUUCUUCGUCGAAUGAUUUCGAGGUUGAUGAGUUGAAUAAGCUUUUGGAAAUGGCUGGGAAGACGAGGAGAAAUCCACAACGCUUUCUACGUGCGCUGAAGAAUAGUCUAGUUGUAGUUACCGCUCGGCUUAUUUCUGACGGUACUCUUGUUGGUUUAACCAGAGCUAUCACAGAUGGUGCAUAUAAUGCUACUAUCGUCGAGUUAUUCACAGAUAUAAGACUACCCAAGCCUGAAAUAAUCAAGCGCAAUAUGGUCGAGAGACUUAUCAAGGAAGCACGCAGCAAGAUACCUGAUUGCGGUAUUGUCAUGAUUGCACCAGAGGAAGAUGUUGCUAUUUAUGAGAAGAUGAACUUUCAAGUCAAUCCCAGAGGCAUUCGAUUGAUGGGCAUGACGAAUCAUCAUGAUGAAGAAUGAUGGGCCGCAUCAAUGUGGUAUUGCGCGCCAUAUUCAAAUUGAACGUGUCUGUCUUAUUCCGUUGAUGUUUGUUUAGCAUUACACAGACACCUCAUACAGUCUUUAAAAGCUGAUCUUUUUGGUCAUUCCGGUUGCUUUAUAAUAGGCAUUUUUGAAGUUGGCAGAAGAGGUAGGUCGAAAUAAACACUAUAAUAUCUUU